CGCUCUCUGUUGUUAUGUGGUCUAAUUGUGCGGUUAUGUAACUCUUAAGUGCUUUCCGUGGUAAGUAACCGAGUCUAUCGGUAUCGCUCAUGCUCCGGUGCAUGCCUGCACGAGAGAAGCGCGCGCGCUCGCUCCCUCGCGCCGGUGAUCCGCACCGUGAAUCCGCACCGAAUCUGCACGAUCGUCCCCGUACCGACCGGACCCGUGUUCCUCCGUGUCCCGUGAGAUGGCCGCGGCGCUCGCGAGCUCGCUCAUCCGACAGAAACGGCAGGCGCGCGAGGCGAACAGCGAGCGCGCGACGACCGGUAAGCGUCGCUCCAGCCCGGGCAAAGAGCCGUCCGGACGAACCUCUCUGUGCAACCGGCACCUGUUCGGUCUCUUCGGUAAAGUCCGAUUCUGCAGCGGGAAAAAACGACCCGUGCGACGGAAAUCAGAUCCUCAGUUGAAGGGGAUAGUGACCAGGCUCUUCAGUGAGCAGGGUUUCUACUUGCAGAUGCAGCCGGACGGAACCGUCGUUGGCAGUAAAGAUGAAAACAGCGACUACACUCUGUUUAAUCUGAUCCCGGUGGGUUUGCGGGUCGUGGCGAUUCAGGGUGUGAAGGCUGGACUCUACGUAGCCAUGAAUGGAGAGGGUUUCCUGUACUCCUCGGAAAUGUUCACAGCGGAGUGUAAGUUUAAGGAGAGUGUGUUUGAGAAUUAUUAUGUGAUCUACUCGUCUACGCUGUACCGCCAGCAUGAGAGCGGACGCGCCUGGUUCCUCGGACUCAAUAAAGAAGGAUCCAUCAUGAAGGGAAACCGGGUUAAGAAAACUAAACCGUGUUCACACUUCGUACCCAGACCCAUUGAAGUGUGUAUGUACAAGGAGCCGUCGCUGCAUGACAUCGAUGAGAAGCAGCGGUCCAGGAAAAACUCAGGAACUCCCACUCUGGGCACCAGGAAAGAGUUAAACCUGGACUCUACCGAUCAUGAAGGCUCAUAGCCACAGACACACUGACCUGUAAAUGUACACACACACGCACUCACACACACACACACACACACGGUGACCCCUGGAGCUGAAUGCUUUCUUACACCCCAACAAACAACAGCAUCUUCAGCAUCGACAAACAUCAAGCGAAACAAAAAAUUAAUGAAGUAAUGUAAAAAAGAAAAACAAA